AUUUUUAGUAGAAAGAGAAAGAGAUUCGGAUUAUUAAUUUUUUUUUUAAAUAAACAGGAAAAUAAGAAAAAAAAAGAGUUUGAAAAGGGGUAAAAUCCAGGAAAAACUUUUGUUUGCUUCUGGUUAUCAUCUUCUUCUCCAGCUAAAAUUCAAUUCAACCGCCGCUGCCGAAGGAGAAGAAGCUUUGGAACUCUCAAAGGCGUCACCUAACCAGUGUUAUUGUUCCCGAUCCGACACACUGAGUCUCAUUUCUCUUUGACUUGGUGUUUUAUUGUAAUGAGUUGAAGGAGAAAGAAGAUCGCAGUAUAGGAUCGCCAUGGCCACAUCCGUGAACAUAAUAGUAGAUUCUCAUGUAUGGGUUGAAGAUCCAGGAGAGGCAUGGAUAGAUGGAGAAGUUUUUAAGAUAAACGGUGAAGAAGUUCAUGUUCAUGCCACAAAUGGGAAAACUGUUGUUGCAAAUAUAUCCAAAGUAUUUCCCAAGGACACUGAAGCUCCUCCAGGAGGUGUGGAUGAUAUGACAAAGCUGUCAUAUUUGCAUGAACCAGGGGUUUUGCAUAACUUGGCUACCAGAUAUGAACUUAACGAAAUCUAUACGUAUACUGGAAAUAUUCUGAUAGCAAUAAACCCAUUUCAAAGAUUACCACAUCUUUAUGAUACUCACAUGAUGGAACAAUAUAAAGGUGCUGGAUUUGGAGAGCUAAGCCCUCAUGUCUUUGCUGUUGCAGAUGUUGCAUACAGGGCAAUGAUCAACGAGGGAAAGAGCAACUCAAUUCUAGUUAGUGGAGAAAGUGGUGCUGGUAAGACUGAGACAACAAAGAUGCUCAUGCGAUAUCUUGCAUACUUGGGUGGUCGAGCUGGGGUGGAAGGGCGAACUGUUGAACAACAAGUUCUGGAAUCCAAUCCAGUUCUCGAAGCAUUUGGCAAUGCCAAGACUGUCAGGAAUAACAACUCAAGUCGUUUUGGUAAAUUUGUUGAGAUCCAAUUUGACAAGAGUGGGAGGAUUUCUGGGGCAGCUAUCCGAACUUAUUUGCUUGAAAGAUCUCGGGUUUGCCAAAUUUCUGAUCCUGAAAGAAACUAUCAUUGUUUCUAUCUCCUCUGUAAAGCCCCACCUGAGGAAAGAGAAAGAUAUAAGUUGGGAAACCCUAAAUCUUUCCAUUACUUGAACCAAUCCAACUGCUACGAGUUGGAUGGGGUAAAUGAUGCUGAGGAAUAUCUUGCAACUAGAAGGGCAAUGGAUGUAGUUGGCAUCAGUGAAGAAGAGCAGGAGGCAAUUUUUAGGGUUGUAGCUGCAAUUCUACAUCUUGGAAACAUUGAAUUUGCGAAGGGAAAGGAGAUAGACUCUUCUGUAAUUAAGGAUGAGAAAUCUAGGUUCCAUCUUAAUAUGACAGCGGAGCUGCUCAAGUGCAAUGCCCAGAGCUUGGAAGAUGCAUUGAUAAAGCGUGUUAUGGUGACUCCAGAAGAGGUUAUUACACGAACUCUUGACCCUCACAGUGCAGUGGCUAGCAGGGAUGCAUUGGCUAAAACCGUUUAUUCCCGCUUGUUUGAUUGGCUGGUGGACAAAAUUAAUAGUUCUAUUGGGCAGGAUCCGAACUCAAAACAGUUGAUUGGAGUUCUUGAUAUAUAUGGUUUUGAAAGUUUUAAGUUCAAUAGUUUUGAGCAGUUCUGUAUCAAUUUUACAAAUGAGAAGCUGCAACAGCAUUUUAAUCAGCAUGUCUUCAAAAUGGAGCAGGAAGAAUAUACAAAAGAAGAAAUAAAUUGGAGCUACAUAGAAUUUGUUGAUAACCAAGAUGUCUUGGAUCUGAUUGAAAAGAGACCUGGAGGAAUUAUAUCACUUCUAGAUGAAGCCUGCAUGUUUCCGAAAUCAACCCAUGAAACUUUUGCUCAGAAGUUGUACCAGACAUUUAAAACCAACAAGCGGUUUAUCAAACCUAAGCUUUCUCGCACUAGUUUUACCAUAUCUCAUUAUGCAGGAGAGGUAACUUAUCUGGCUGAUCAGUUCCUUGACAAAAACAAAGAUUAUGUAGUGGCAGAACAUCAAGGUCUCCUGACAGCCUCAAAGUGCUCUUUCGUGGCUGGUCUGUUUCCUCCACUUCCAGAGGAAUCAUCGAAAUCCUCUAAAUUUUCUUCCAUUGGGUCACGCUUUAAGCUACAACUCCAAUCUUUGAUGGAGACCUUGAGUUCAACUGAGCCCCACUAUAUAAGAUGUGUGAAGCCAAAUAAUGUUCUCAAACCUAUGAUAUUUGAAAAUGCUAACAUUAUCCAGCAACUACGUUGUGGUGGUGUACUUGAGGCAAUUAGGAUCAGUUGUGCUGGAUAUCCAACUAGAAGAACUUUCUAUGAGUUUCUUUUACGCUUUGGUGUUCUUGCUCCCGAAGUUUUGGAAGGAAACCAUGACGAUAAGGUGGCUUGCCAAAUGAUUCUGGAUAAAAUGGGAUUGAAAGGUUAUCAGAUCGGUAAGACAAAGGUCUUCCUUAGAGCUGGUCAGAUGGCUGAACUGGAUGCCAGAAGAGCAGAGGUGCUUGGAAAUGCAGCUAGAACCAUCCAGAGACAAAUCCGCACCUACAUAGCACGCAAGGAGUUUAUUGCAUUACGACAAGCUGCUAUUCACUUGCAAUCUCAUAGCCGGGGUGUAUUGGCUCGCAAACUAUUUGAGGAGUUGCGACGGGAAGCAGCAGCUUUGAAGAUCCAGAGGAAUUUCAGACGAUUCACAGCAAGAAAGUCAUACUUAGCUCUGUAUUUGUCUGCAGUAACAUUACAGACUGGCUUAAGGGCAAUGACUGCUCGUAAUGAGUUCAGAUUUAGAAAGCAAACUAAAGCUGCCAUUGCUAUCCAGGCACAAUUGCGUCGCCAUAUAGCAUAUUCUUAUUAUAAGAAGCUUCAGAAGGCUGCUUUAGUUUCUCAAUGUGGCUGGAGGCAAAGGGUUGCUCGGAGAGAGCUUCGGAAACUGAAAAUGGCUGCAAGAGAAACAGGUGCCCUUAAAGAAGCAAAAGACAAAUUAGAGAAGCGUGUGGAAGAGCUGACAUGGCGAUUACAGUUGGAGAAGAGAUUGAGGACUGAUUUGGAAGAAGAAAAGACCCAAGAAAUUGCCAAGUUACAGGAUGCUUUGCAUGCAGUGCAAUUACAAGUAGAAGAAGCAAAUGCCAGAGUAAUGAAAGAACGAGAGGCAGCUCGGAAAGCGAUUGAAGAGGCACCUCCAGUCAUUAAGGAGACUCCUGUUCUUAUUCAAGACACAGAAAAGGUUGAACAGUUGACGGCUGAAGUGGAGAGUUUGAAGGCUGCUCUGCUAUCAGAAAGACAGGCAGCAGAAGAGGCAAGGAAAGCCUUUGCAGAUGCUGAGGCAAGAAACUCUGAACUGAGCAAGAAAGUUGAAGAUGCACAGCAAAAGAUGGAUCAGCUUCAGGAAUCAGUGCAAAGGCUAGAGGAAAAACUUUCUAACUCAGAGUCAGAGAAUCAAGUUCUUCGUCAACAAGCACUGGCCAUUUCACCAACAGGGAGAUCCUUAUCUGCACGGCCAAAGUCAAUUAUUAUACAGAGAACUCCAGAGAAUGGAAAUGUUGCAAAUGGAGAAAUGAAGGUUGCAUCAGAUAUCACUGUUGUUGCUGUAUCUAAUGUGCGGGAACCUGAAUCUGAGGAAAAACCACAAAAAUCUCUCAAUGAAAAGCAGCAGGAGAACCAGGACCUACUGAUCAAGUGUGUUUCUCAAAACUUGGGAUUCUCUGGGGGCAAGCCAGUUGCUGCUUGUAUCAUAUACAAAUGUCUUCUUCACUGGAGGUCUUUUGAAGUUGAAAGGACUAGUGUGUUUGAUCGUAUUAUUCAAACAGUAGCUUCAGCCAUAGAGGUCCCAGAUAACAAUGAUGUCUUAGCCUAUUGGUUAUCUAAUUCAUCCACAUUGUUGCUGCUGCUCCAACAUACACUUAAAGCUACUGGAGCAGCCAGCUUAACACCACAACGGCGGAGAACAACAUCAGCUUCUCUUUUCGGAAGGAUGUCUCAAGGUUUACGGGGAUCUCCUCAAAGUGCUGGACUCUCAUUUCUUAAUGGCCGAGCACUUAGUAGACUGGAUGACUUACGGCAGGUUGAGGCAAAAUAUCCAGCAUUACUGUUUAAGCAACAACUUACUGCCUUCCUUGAGAAGAUAUAUGGAAUGAUAAGAGACAAUCUGAAGAAAGAGAUCUCUCCAUUGCUUGGAUUAUGUAUUCAGGCACCAAGAACUUCUCGGGCAAGUUUAGUAAAAGGACGCUCUCAUGCUAAUGCUGUUGCUCAGCAAGCUUUGAUUGCUCAUUGGCAAAGCAUUGUGAAAAGCUUAAACAAUUAUUUGAAGAUAAUGAAAGCAAAUUAUGUACCUCCUUACUUGGUGCGCAAAGUGUUCACUCAAAUAUUCUCGUUCAUCAAUGUUCAACUAUUCAAUAGUCUUCUUUUGCGUCGUGAGUGUUGCUCAUUCAGUAAUGGAGAAUAUGUGAAGGCGGGUUUGGCUGAAUUAGAGCAGUGGUGCUAUGAGGCAACUGAGGAAUUUGCUGGCUCAGCUUGGGAUGAAUUGAAGCAUAUAAGACAGGCUGUUGGAUUCCUGGUCAUACAUCAAAAGCCUAAGAAGACCUUAAAUGAAAUUACAAAAGAACUUUGCCCAGUGCUGAGCAUACAACAACUAUACAGGAUAAGUACAAUGUAUUGGGAUGAUAAAUAUGGCACGCAUAGUGUCUCUUCAGAUGUUAUAUCUAGUAUGAGAGUUAUGAUGACCGAGGACUCAAACAAUGCUGUCAGCAGUUCUUUUUUGUUAGAUGACGACUCGAGCAUCCCAUUCACUGUGGAUGACAUCUCCAAGUCAAUGCAAAAAGUAGAGAUAGCUGAAAUCGAUCCUCCACCAUUAAUUCGUGAAAACUCCGGUUUUGGGUUCUUGCUUACACGGUCUGAGUGAUCGUGCUCGCCCCUCCCCCUCUAUCUCAAUCUCGUUCUAAUGGAUGUCCAUGGGAUGCCCUGUGCAAGAACAUGCUAAGGACCUGUGCAUAUGACCUCAUUGUUUAUCACCAUCAUCCAUGUGUAUAAUAUAUUUUGCAUUAGUCUCAGGCUACCAUCUUUGGUGUCCGGGUCAAUUACACCCCCUCGUGUUACAUAAACAAGAGGGGGUAUUUGUUAAGCAGCCAUAUCACAGUUGAUGUGAUAAUGGGCAAUCAUAGGAGGCGGCAAUAUUGGAAUGCUGCCUCGUAAUUUCUCAUGCCCACAACACAAUGGGCUUCGUUCAUAUUUAUUUAUUUAUUUUAUUUGUUUUAGCCAGGUUUCUUCCAUAUGUAGUCGUUGGUUUUUUGGGGUGUAGUGUUUUCUGAUUGUAACUGACGUCUUGCCGCAUUUUAUAGGCCAUUGUCAUUUGUUUGUAUGAAAACAAUUUGUAUCUA